GAGGGGGAGGGGGUGAGGGAGGGACGGAGGGGGCGCGGGGACGGCUCACACGGUUUUGUCACUCCAUCUGCUCCGGGCGGCCGGAGCCGCCGCCAUGUUCGGCCGGGGAGGAGGAGGAGAAGGAGGAGAAGCAGCAGCAGCAGCAGCGAGGGGAGGGGACCUCGGCGAGUAAUUAGAGCAUCUCCAAAAUAUGCCUGUCGGAACAGCUCUAGACCUGGAUGCGAAUGGAUUCGUGAUAUAUGAUUGGAGUCAGAGAAGAUUCUGGGUGAACUUCUUGCAAUUAAGGGAGGAAUCUCAAAUACAUAAAGUCUGUUGGAAUUGUGGAGUCUCUGCGUUGGCAUGAAUCGCUAUACCACUAUCAGACAACUUGGGGAUGGAACGUAUGGUUCAGUUCUAAUGGGAAGAAGCAUAGAUUCAGGAGAGCUUGUCGCUAUUAAAAAAAUGAAGAGAAAGUUCUAUUCUUGGGAUGAAUGUAUGAAUCUCAGAGAAGUCAAGUCACUAAAGAAAUUAAGCCACGCCAAUGUCGUCAAGCUGAAAGAAGUUGUACGAGAAAAUGAUCAACUGUAUUUCAUCUUUGAAUACAUGAAGGAAAAUCUUUACCAGUUGAUGAAAGACAGAAACCGAAUGUUUCCAGAGUCUUCCAUUAGAAACAUCAUGUACCAGAUACUUCAGGGAUUGGCUUUUAUACACAAACAUGGAUUUUUUCACCGUGACAUGAAACCAGAAAACCUCCUUUGUAUGGGACCAGAACUGAUAAAAAUAGCUGAUUUUGGCCUAGCUCGUGAAAUUCGAUCUCGCCCGCCUUACACUGAUUAUGUCUCUACAAGAUGGUAUCGUGCCCCUGAGGUUCUCUUGCGAUCAACAAAUUACAGUUCUCCUAUCGACUUGUGGGCUGUUGGUUGCAUUAUGGCUGAACUCUACACAUUAAGACCAUUGUUUCCUGGGUCAAGUGAAGUGGAUGAGAUUUUUAAAAUUUGCCAAGUAUUAGGCACACCUAAAAAGAACGAUUGGCCAGAAGGCUAUCAACUCUCAGCAGCCAUGAACUUUCGCUGGCCACAGUGUGUCCCAAAUAACCUGAAGACAUUAAUUCCCAAUGCAAGUGGCGAAGCUAUUCACCUCAUGAGAGAUAUGCUUCAGUGGGAUCCAAAGAAACGUCCAACAGCAAGCCAGGUCCUGAGGUAUCCCUACUUCCAUGUCGGGCAGGCUCUGGGAACACCUCAGCAAGUGGAAUAGGGAAAGCAGCAGAGAGACAUGCAGUUAAAACACUCAGCUCAUCAGAUGAAACCAAUACCUCCAGCUCAUCCCCCACCUCUACAUUAUCUGCAUCCAACAGCAAGAUCAUUACAACAAAUGCAACCCCCCCAGCACCCCAUGUGUUUGCAGAAAACAAAUCUGCUACCUGAUGCACUUAACAGAAGUGAACAAGAGAAACUCCAUCAAAAUUUGCUUCCUACAAUAAAUGUUAAAUUGUGUCAAAAAGCGACGAGAACAGAGAACAGUCUGUGCCCGAGCACCAAGCCGAAAGGAAAUUCUCGACGAUGGAAUCAUGCGGUUCUGAAAGAUGUGAACAACUGGGCGGAUUGUGGAGAUUUUGAUUUCAGUCAUUCAUUAACCAAAAACGCAAAUAUGAGAACUGAUAAAAGGCACAGUCAAGAAUCACUGUUUAAAGUAGGAAGCCUUUUAGACUUCCCUCCUUCAAAUACUAAAGGAAACUGCAAUAGUGGACCUGCAACCAAUGUAAUGCCUCGACCGGAUUCAAAUACAUCAAGAGCUUCUUCAGCCAAACAUCAGUACUUAAAACAAUCCCGAUAUCUACCAGGAAUAAAUGGCAGAAACAACUCACUUGGUAAUGCAGUUCACGAUUUCAGUGUACAUACUCCGUGGUCUAAUCAUAGUCUUCCCAGUAAACCUUCAGGAGUAGUUGUAGGAGCUCUUCCCAACAACAGAAGCAGUGCAGGUCACACCACUGGACCUGAUCACUCUGGAGCAUACACACCCUCAUUUCUGAAGAAAGAAGUGGGAUCUGCUGGCCAAAGAGUGCAAUUAGCACCACUUAUGGAAACCAAUUCAAACUAUGCAUCCUGGAAAUCCAACCGAUCACAGCUGGGAGGUCCUUCAUACAAUUCUUCAUCCAAGAACAGCAGUGGCUUAUUGCCGCGGCCACCCCCGGUCCAGGCUGUACAUGGGCGAAUCGACUGGUCUUCCAAAUAUGGUGGACACCGGUGAAAACAAGCAUGGAAAUGACAUUAAACUGGCAUCAAUUAUAUGGCUAUUUGUUGACAAAUCUGGAUCUUACAAUGGAAAAAAAAUAGUGCAUUUAAAGAGGCGUGAGUAUGCAUUGGAAGCACUUAAAGAGAACCAGCGUUGGCUAUCGUUGCAUUAACAUUGUUAUAGUGCUUCAUGUCUUUCGAAAACCAGGCCUUCUUAUAAUGAGUUUUUU